AUGGAGGAAGUCCGGCCGAGCGAGGCCAGGGUGGUUUCGUCGCUGGAGAUCGAGGACGGCGUCGCUCGGAGCGGCAAGGCCUACGAGCCUACCUUGCUGUUGCCGCCCAAGAAGAGGUCGCUGCUGCGGAUGUUCCUGGCGUGCAUGGUCUCCGGCGGCAUCCAGUACGGCUGGGCGCUGCAGCUCUCCCUGCUCUCCCCAUACGCCCAGGUGCAGCCCCUUGUGGGCUACUACAGCGACCGCUGCACCGCCAGGAUGGGCCGCCGGCGGCCCUUCAUCCUCGCCGGGUGCCUCAUCAUAUGCCUCUCGGUGCUGAUGAUCGGAUUCUCGGCGGACCUCGGCCGCCGCUUCGGAGACACCAAAGAGCACUGCGGCACGACCACCGGCUCUCGCUGGGCCGCCGCCACUGUGUACAUCGUCGGCUUCUGGUUCCUCGACUUCGCCAACAACACCGUGCAGGGGCCGGCGCGCGCUAUGAUGGCCGACCUCUCCGCUGGGGACUAUGGCCCCAACGUCGGCCAGGCCAUCUUUGCCGUGUGGAUGGCCAUCGGCAACAUCCUCGGAUACACCGCCGGGGCCAACGGCAAAUGGCACCAGUGGUUCCCUUGGCUGAAAACAGCGGCGUGCUGCGACGCAUGCGCAAAUCUUAAGGGCGCCUUCCUCACGGCUGUGGUCCUUAUUGCCAUCAGCAUGACGGUGACAAUGUACAUGGCCGACGAGAAGCAGCUUGACAAGGCUGAUGUCGAGUCCGCCUCGGGCCACGGGUGCAUCUCCGUCUUCGGCGACCUAUUCAAGAGCUUGAACAACAUGCCUCCAGUCUUGUACAAAGUGCUCACAGUCACGUUCAUCACCUGGCUCGCGUGGUUCCCCUUCCUCCAGUAUGACACCGACUGGAUGGGCCGGGAGGUCUACCAUGGCGUGCCGCAGGGUCCCAAGGCCGAUAUCUACAACGCAGGUGUCCGUGAGGGCGCUAUCGGCCUGCUCCUAUGCUCCGUUGUCCUCGGGGUCACCUCCUUCCUCAUCCCCACAUUGUGUCGCAAGCUCACCUCCAAGGUCGUUUGGUCCAUCAGCAAUUUCUUGGUCUUCGGCAUCAUGACGGCCAUGGUCAUUCUCAGUUUGGUCUCCACCAAGGGGUACAAUGCGUCCCUCACAGCCGGCCUCAACGGUCCCAACCACACGAUCAAGGCCCUCGCCCUUACACUAUUCGCGCUCAUGGGAAUCCCGCAAGCCGUGUUGUUCAGUGUUCCAUGGGCUGUUGCUUCUGAGCUUACAACCCAGGAGGAUGGUGGCGGCCAAGGCCUUGCCAUUGGUGUUCUCAACAUCGCCAUCGUCAUGCCGCAGCUCAUUAUCUCCCUCACCGCUGGUCCGAUAGACAAAGCUUUCGGCAAGGACAACACACCAGCAUUUGGCAUUGGCGGCGCAUUCGCCUUCAUCUGCGCGGUCCUCGCGCUGGUCCUGCUCCCCAAGACAAGAGGCACAUCAAACGCCGUCAUGGCCGGAGGACACUAAUUUAUAUGACGACAGAACUACAGGCUAUGCAGUCUGCACCACCAUCAUAUAUAGCAAUGUUUUUAUUAUAUGUGCCGAGGUCAUGUUUCUGUUUUUAUUUACACUGUUGUUCCUUCGUUAAAACAAAUAAGCUCUUUUGAUCCC